AUGGAAGAUUAUAAUGAAACUCUGGAGUUUAACGCCUCUGAGCCAUACCAACCGUACUAUGAAAGGCCCGAGACAUACAUAGUUCCUCUGAUCUUCGCACUCAUUUUCGUCAUUGGCGUAGUGGGUAACGGCACUUUAGUGGCAGUCUUCAUCAGACACAAGGCCAUGAGGAAUGUACCAAACACAUACAUUUUAUCGCUGGCCCUCGCGGAUCUCCUUGUCAUCAUCACCUGUGUGCCGUUCACCUCGAUUGUUUACACGCUGGAGUCGUGGCCAUGGGGCUCCACCGUGUGUAAAGUGUCAGAAGCCGCCAAAGAUGUCAGCAUCGGAGUAUCCGUCUUCACAUUGACCGCCCUGUCGGCCGACCGUUACUUCGCUAUCGUUGACCCCCUCAGAAAACUCCAUGCCACAGGCGGCAGCAAGCGUGCUACACGGCUUACGGUGGCAACCGCCAUUGGCAUUUGGAUAUUGGCAGGACUCCUCGCUACGCCCGCGUAUAUUGGAUCCUACUUGCGAGCUUUUGUAGUCAAUCCCACCACUCAGUUUCUAGUCUGCUACCCAUACCCGCCGGAAUGGGGGGAAAAUUACCCAAGGACGAUGGUUCUGGUUCGAUUCCUGGUAUAUUAUUCGCUGCCACUGGCCGUUAUUGCCCUAUUCUAUGUGCUGAUGGCGAGACAUCUAGUGCUCAGUACACAGAACAUGCCAGGCGAGAUGCAGGGAACUCAAAGACAGAUGCGAGCGAGAAGAAAAGUAGCCGUAACUGUUUUGGCAUUCGUGUUAGUUUUCGCGGCGUGCUUUCUACCUUCUCACGUGUUUAUGAUGUGGUUCUAUUAUUGCCCUACAGCUCAAGAUGACUACAAUGGCUGGUGGCACGCGCUUCGUAUAGUAGGCUUCUGCCUGUCUUUCCUCAACAGCUGCGUAAAUCCAAUCGCACUGUACUGCACAAGUGGUAUCUUUCGAAAGCAUUUCAACAGGUAUCUGCUAUGUCGCUCUGCGUCAGUGCAGGGUCCAAGAGGGUCUUUAUCCCUCUCAACUUCUAGAAGAUUAUACUCCAGUCGAAAAACAAACAUAAGCAUGGUGCCACGGACGACCAGCGUGGGAAGGGACAGCAGCGUCCGGCUACUGAACAACGGCUCCUCGAAGCUC